AUGGCGUCGUGUCUCGCCGGCGGCCAUUUUGGGCCUGGCAGCCAAGAAUACAUUCCAGUCGCCGAAUUUUAUGCGGACAAGUCUGUUUUUGUUACCGGGGGCACAGGCUUUAUGGGAAAGGUGCUAGUCGAGAAGUUAUUAAGAAGUUGUCCAAAAAUCAAGAGGAUUUAUCUAUUGAUGCGGCCUAAACGGGGACAAGAUGUAGCAUCACGUCUUACUGAACUCACACAAUCGCCUCUUUUUGAAACCCUGAGGAAGGAACGGCCACAAGAACUCAACAAGAUCGUGCCGAUAGUUGGCGACAUCACAGAGCCCGAGCUCGGCAUCAGUCCUGCAGACCAGGCCAUGCUCUGUCAGAAGGUAUCAGUGGUCUUCCAUUCAGCGGCUACGGUGAAGUUCGACGAGAAACUGAAGCUCUCCGUUACAAUCAACAUGCUGGGGACACAGCAGCUCGUUCAGCUCUGUCACCGCAUGCUGGGUCUCGAGGCGCUGGUGCACGUGUCCACGGCUUAUUGCAACUGCGAGCGGGAGCGAGUAGAAGAGACGGUCUACGCACCACCAGCGCAUCCGGAACACGUCGUCACCUUGGUCCAAACUCUUCCCGAUGACUUAGUGGAUAGGAUCACGCCGGAUUUAGUCGGAGACAGGCCGAAUACAUACACAUUCACAAAGGCUCUCGCAGAAGAUAUGCUCAUAAGGGAAUGUGGAAACCUGCCAGUUGCGAUCGUCAGACCAUCCAUAGUGCUGUCCUCGGUCCGGGAACCGGUGAAGGGCUGGGUGGACAACUGGAACGGGCCGAACGGGAUCAUCGCCGCCGUGGGCAAGGGAAUCUUCCGCACAAUGCUGGGCAACGGCACACGGGUCGCGGACCUCGUGCCAGUGGACACCGUCAUCAACCUGAUGAUCGUGUGCGCAUGGCGGACCCACUUGAAGCGGGGUGAUGGAGUUGUUGUAUACAACUGUUGUACCGGCCAACAGAACCCCAUUACGUGGCAAAGUUUCGUCAAGACCAGUUUCAAGUACAUGAGAAAACAUCCCUUUAGGGAGGUGGUCUGGUACCCGGGUGGCGAUAUUACCAGCAAUCGGCUGAAACACGGCGUACUGUCCCUUCUUCAGCAUCGCAUGCCCGCUCACGUGAUGGACCUCGUCUCCAAGGCCACCGGCAACAAACCGAUGAUGGUGCGGGUGCAGAACAAGCUGGAGAAAGCGUCCGCCUGCCUCGAGUACUUCACGACGCGCCAGUGGGCGUUCUCCGAUGGCAACGUGCAGGCGCUGUGCCGCCUCCUCUCGGCGGAGGACCGCGCCACCUUCGACUUCGACGUCACCAACAUCGACUGGGACGCGUACAUCGAGUCGUACGUGCUCGGCAUAAGGAGGUUCCUGUUCAAGGAGAGCCCCGACACGCUGCCCAAGUCGCGGACCCUGCUGCGGAGGUUACGCAUAUUGCACGUCAUCACCCAGGUGGCAGCCGUGUUCGUCCUGUGGCGGUUCCUGUUCAGCCGCUCGGACGCGCUACGCAACCUGUGGCGUCACAUAGUCGAGGUGCUAACGCGGGCGGCGCGCCUCCUCGCAAUCGCC